GGCAAAAAGGUUAGAAAGCCGGCAUGGCGCUCCGGUCAAUAAAAUCGAUAGCUGGAAGCUGCCUGUGUUACAGGCAAAGGCGGUGCAGUAGCAGCGCCGCCAUUUUCCCCGAAGGCAUCUUCCGGUGCCUUUCACCCAAGUUCGGGCAGGAGUUUCCUGAAUAACAGCGAGAGGUUUCCGUUAGCCCCGCAGGCGGCCGAUUCUGAUUCCCUCCGGGCCUUCCAGGGCACGCUCAGCUCUUGGCUGGCGGGGGCUCCUAAAUCUCGGGGUCCGUCAUCGCCCAGAGGCCAAGGCUGGGAAGGGAAAGGCCGUGGCGCGGGUUUCUCAAGUCCGAUGGCGCCACCUUCGGCUCCGCUCCCUGCCCGGGGACAAGGAGAGGCCGGACCUAGCCGGAGAAGGGGAAGGAGACCGAGGGCCUUGAAGUUCGUGGACGUGGCCGUGUACUUCUCCCUGGAGGAGUGGGGGUGUCUGCGGCCCGCGCAGAGGGCCCUGUACCGGGACGUGAUGCGGGAGACUUACGGCCACCUGGGCGCGCUCGGAUGUGCAGGUCCCAAGCCGGCCCUCAUCUCCUGGUUGGAACGAAAUACCGAUGAUUGGGAACCGGCUGCCCUAGAUCCGCAGGAGUACCGGAGAGGAUUAACAGUCCAGAGAAAAACCAGAAAGAAGAAUGGGGAGAAGGAAGUAUUCCCACCUAAGGAGGCACCCCGAAAAGGCAAACGGGGGCGGAGGCCCAGCAAACCCCGACUAAUCCCCAGGCAAACGUCUGGGGGCCCAAUCUGCCCUGACUGUGGCUGUACCUUCCCUGAUCACCUGGCCCUGGAGAGCCAUAAGUGUGCCCAGAAUCUGAAAAAGCCUUACCCUUGCCCAGACUGUGGGCGCCGUUUUUCCUACCCAUCCCUGCUGGUCAGUCACCGGCGAGCACACUCUGGUGAGUGCCCCUAUGUUUGUGACCAGUGUGGCAAACGCUUCUCCCAGCGCAAGAACCUCUCUCAGCACCAGGUUAUCCACACUGGUGAGAAGCCUUACCACUGCCCUGAUUGUGGCCGCUGCUUCCGCAGGAGCCGGUCCUUAGCCAAUCACCGGACCACACAUACAGGCGAGAAACCCCACCAAUGCUCUAGCUGUGGGCGUCGCUUCGCCUACCCCUCCCUGCUAGCCAUCCACCAGCGCACACACACAGGAGAGAAGCCCUACACCUGCCUAGAAUGCAACCGCCGCUUCCGCCAGCGCACAGCCCUAGUCAUCCACCAGCGCAUCCACACUGGUGAGAAGCCAUACCCGUGUCCAGACUGUGAGCGCCGUUUCUCCUCGUCGUCUCGCCUGGUCAGCCACCGGCGUGUGCACUCUGGGGAGCGUCCCUAUGCCUGUGAGCACUGUGAAGCCCGCUUCUCCCAGCGCAGUACGCUGCUCCAGCAUCAGCUAUUGCACACGGGGGAGAAGCCCUACCCCUGCCCUGACUGCGGACGUGCCUUCCGGCGGAGCGGUUCCCUAGCCAUACAUCGCAGCACACACACCGAGGAGAAGCUGCACGCCUGUGAAGACUGUGGCCGCCGCUUUGCCUACCCCUCACUGCUGGCCAGUCACCGGCGGGUGCACUCGGGCGAGCGGCCCUAUGCCUGUGACCUUUGCUCCAAGCGCUUUGCCCAGUGGAGUCACCUGGCUCAGCACCAACUGUUACACACUGGGGAGAAGCCUUUCCCCUGCCUUGAGUGUGGCCGAUGCUUCCGCCAGAGGUGGUCUUUGGCAGUUCACAAGUGUAGCCCCAAGGCCCAAAACUGUAGCCCUAGAUCUGCUAUAGGGGGGCCCAGCCAAAGGGGUAAUGCUCUUUAGAAUGAAAGGACUGGGUACUUCCUUUCAUUUCAUGGAGGAAUCCAGAAAAGAGGAGUCGCGGUUCAAGGUCACACAGGGCAGAGCCAGAACUAAAAUCCAGGUCUCCUGCUUCACAUACCUGAUCUUUAGUGUAUUCUACCACACUGGCUGCCUUACUGUAUGUGUCUAAAACAGUCAGUCCCAUUAGGAGAGGUGACAUUUUGUUAAAAAGUUUUCCAAGCUACCCUAUCCUAAAAUAAUUUAUGUGAGCAGAUCUGAGGGCUAAAAGUUUAUCUAUUUUGAGGGCUACCAGUUUAGUUUGUGCAAACAGGGAUUACCUGUCUCCUUGCAUGCAGUCAGGAGAAUCCCAUCUAUAGGGAGCAGGACCUCCCAUACUCUGCCUCUUUCUCCACACCAGGCCAAAAAGCCUACUUUUUGCACCACUCCUGCCAAGUGGUCUACUGCUUGCUUGAAAACCCCUCUUGAGGUAGGGGGCUCACUACCUCACAAGGCAGGUCAUUUCAUUGUGGGAUAGAGCUAAUCUUUAGAAAGUUAAGUAGACCUGGCUUAGAAUAUAUUUAAUACUUCAUCUACAUGGCAGCCCUUCGAAUGAACUAGUUUCUAGGUAUUUAACACUGAUCUUUUUGUUUGUUUUGUUUUUGAUACUGGUGAUAGAACCCAGGGGGCACUUUACCACUGAGCUACAUCCCUAGCACCUUUUAUUUUUUAUUUUGAGACAGGGUCUUCUU